AUGCGGAACAAGUGGAACACGCCAGUUAACCCAAUUUCUAAUGGACCUGUGACAACUCCGCCUGAUACAAAUGCUGACGCGAACAAAUUCUUCAUACAAUACAACAAUGUGCCCAUGGGUGCCGAGAAAGUUGGGCAUCGAUUAUUCAUCGCAUUACCUCGACGUAGAUAUGGAAUACCAGCCACGUUGAACUACAUAGAUUUGAACGAUCAAAAUGGCCGAUCGCCAGCCCUGAAACCCUAUCCGAAUAUAUAUUCAGGUAGAUCCCUUAUAUCUGUUUAUCGAACACGAGCAGAAACAUGCGGAAGGCUGUGGAUGGUGGAUACUGGAUUACUGGAGUUACCGGGCCUUGCAUCAAUAACAGUGGAUAUAACAAACAACUGCGCAGACGCAUAUGCCUAUGUCCCGGAUUUGACAACAAAUGGUAUCAUUGUGUAUUCGCUGAGAGAUAACGAUAGCUGGCGAAUCACCCAUAAUUACUUCAAUUUCAACCCACUGUCUGAAAAUUUGAGGGUUUCUGGCGAAUAUUUUCAAUGGAGCGACGGCAUAUUCAGCAUAGCCCUAUCACCAGCCGGUUCUGCAUGCAGAACAGCAUAUUUCCACCCUCUCAUCAGCACACAAGAGUUCUCUAUUUCCACCUGCCUUUUGCAGAAUAAAACUGCGAGAAGCGAUCGUUACUUCUUCGAUAAGUUAAACUACUUAGGCAAGCGAGGUCCAAACAGCCAAUCCACAAUGCAUGACUAUCAUGAGCCAUCGAGAGUUCUGUUCUUCGCUGACAUAGGAAGGGACACCGUCUCGUGUUGGAAUACGCAAAGAAAGUUAGAACCGCAAAAUGUUGCUAUUUUGGCGCAGGAUAGCGAAAGAUUGAGUUAUCCCUCUGAUUUGCAUAUUACGGACAACGAAGUUUGGGUGAUAGCGAAUAAACUACCAAGAUUUGGCUACACUGCACUAGAUACAAAUGAGUAUAACUUUUAUAUUUACAAAGCCAACGUAAGGGACCGUUUAUUAGGUACUGUUUGUGAAUAAACAGUUUUAACAGAGU